AUGGAUCACACUGACCUGGGGUUGCUGUGGAAAGCAGCGGCCGACCGCUAUGUGAAAACAGCCAAAAUCAACAUUGAGUCCCUCGACCAAGCAACUUCGAUGAACAGUAUUUUGGCCGAAAUUGAAAAGAGCAAGUUACUGGUUGAGGGAAAUCGACAUGAUGGCUCGAAGUCGGCGAGGUUUAGAACCCUCGUUAAAAAUAGUCUGAAUUCUAUCGAGCUCCUGAGUGCCGUCGUUGCUCAUGCGACCAAAUCUGCGUUCCCUCCGAGCGAGGCCAUAUUUUCUGCCAUCCGGUAUCUUUUCCAGGUGGCAAACACCGUUUCGGCUAGUUACGACAGGGUCAUGGCAGUCUUCGAAGAGCUGAGCUUUUAUCUCAGCGAGCUUGAAGUGCUUGAAAAUAACCUCCCAGUUAUUCCUCCGCUGCAGAUUGCUUUAACACAGGUCUUCGUCUCAAUCCUGGACGUUUGCGGGGCUUUUGUGGUCUUGCAGAGCGCGUUGACCAACGGAGAUGACAAGUUGAGGGUCGCCUCUGACAGCUUCCAGAGAAGGGCAAAGCACGCCCGAGACAUCAUCAACAACAUAAUCUUAGUCUCUGUACAAGACCUCAAACAGACUAGCCGCGUGGUGCCUAAGUCCAAGACUUACCAGACAUCCCUGGGCAGGUCAGUAGCUGUCAACUACGUCGAGGAAAACACAGAGCGAGCUACGGUUGCCAUUGCCUACGUUUAUUGCGACUAUAAAAACUCCACCCACCCAAACGUGAAUCGUCUAGAUAUUGUGGCGCAGGAUCAGGACAUUCGGCGAUAUGUAGGCUCCGAACUCGAAUCGCAUGAUAGAUUAUGUGAUUUCAUCAAGGAAGAUACCGCUCUCAAGGGAUUGAUCUUAGAGCGCAUAGCGCAGAGAGCCGCAGGCAUCCAAGAUGACCGUGGGUGGACGGCCUUGCACCUAGCCGCUCAACAUGGCCACACUUCUGUCGUCCAAAUACUGAUCCAAAAGGGCGCCAUGACGGACAUAGAGACCCUGAAGGGAGAAACGGCCUUCCACUGGGCAGCUAGAAAUGGCUAUGCUGAAAUUGUCGAGCUUCUCGCGGACAAAGACAAGGGUUUAACGCUGGAAGACCAUGAGGGUUGGACAGGCCUCGACUGGGCAGUUAUACGGGGCAAUAACAGAGUGGUUGAGCUGAUCCUGGACACCUGCAACAACGCCGGUCUAGCGUUUUUGAAAAGCAACCGGUCUUUGAUUCUAGCGGCCGAAGCCGGAAAUGAAGUCAUCACGAAACUCCUGCUUGAUCGUGGCGCGAGUGUUGACUGGAAAGAUAAUCAAGGAAGCACCCCUUUAACUUGGGCUGUUGCAGAAGGACACUCAAAGGUAGUGUCUCUACUUUUACAAUCUGGAGCUGAUGUUGACUCGAAGGACGUUUACCUCAAUUCUCCACUACAUUGGGCUACUCCACAUGUGGCCACCGCCAAGAUUCUUUUGGAGAAUGGAGCCAGCAUUAAUGCAGCAAACGACCAGGGACACACUGCCCUCCUUUGGUGCGCUCAAGAUUACCAGUCGGCGGUUCUUCAGCUGUUACUCGAAUAUAACGCCGACGUCGAUCUGCAAGACAGGCACGGGUUUACCCCAUUACAUGCGGCUGCCCUCAAGGGCCAAGAGGGCGUGGUGCGGUUGCUACUCACGAAGGGAGCUAAUCCCAAUAUUCGAGAUAAGGAUGGCUGGACACCAUUACAUGCUGCGGGAUUGCGAGGGCACGAAGAGAUUGUGAUAUUACUUCUAGAGUAUGUUGAUGAUGGGCAGUCCAUUCGAUCCUGGGCGAAUUCGCAACGCGAGAACCCCAAACAGCGGGCUUUCUUAGAGCACAAGGCAGAGAGAAAAUCUAGCGGAAGCACAGUUGUUACUGGCCUUCGCUGGGCCGUCAUGGAAGGCCGUAUUGAACGUAUAAAGGCUAUCCUGGAACGAAAAGUAGACAUCGACGCUCAGGAAGUCGGCGGUGCCACAGCGUUAAUAGUCGGCGUUCGAAUGGGAGAAGAAUCCGCGGUUAAAUUACUGUUGGAAAGCGGCGCGGACGUCAAUAAGCGCGAAAGAAACGGGCGGUCGGCACUACACAUCGCAGCGAGGAUGGGCCAUGACAGCAUUGUUGCCAUGCUAGUGAAUCACAGUGCCGACCUCGAUGCAAAGAUCCACGGCUUCACGGCCAUGCUCUUGGCCGCUACGCAUGAGCAGAUUAGUGUUGUGGAGUUUCUCAUCGAUCAGGGGCCGACCCCAACGCAGAGGAUUACCAUAGCCAAAGAGCCUUGCACUGGGUCGCCCAGCACGGUGCACUGA